CGAUCAUUGUGGAGAUUAGUGAGGUGGGAACUCGAGGAUUUCUCGGUGGCUGAUGCGUACUAGAUGGCGACAAAGGUUGCGACACGAGGUUCUGGUGGCGCUGGUCAUUGCGGCGUCACGUACACAACGUCAGGGAGUCGGGUGCAACGUGGAACGGGUCUGCUUUGCUUCACCUGCAGCGUUUGCGUGAUUCUGAGCCUGGUCUGCACAUGCUUGGCCACGUUCUUGGUUCUACUCGAUCAGAAAGUCGAAGCCGCCAGCUACCAAUACUCUACCUCGGUCAUGAGUAAGGAUCCGAUCAACGAGCUGUCGUUCCGGCUGCCCAGCCAGGUGAAGCCGUUGCGUUACGACGUCUACCUGCACCCGGACCUGGAGAAGGGCACGUUCAACGGCGAGGUGACGAUCCUGAUCGAUGUCCAGGACCGUAGGAGCUACGUGGCCGUUCACCAGAAGGAUCUGAACAUCACGUCCACCAGCCUGAGGACGUACGAUCGUUCGGCGAACUAUGACUUCGAGAUCGUGACCGCGACACCGAUACCGAAGAACGAGAUGUUCGUGGUGUCCACGAAGGAGGAGCUGCACCCGGGACUGUACAAUCUGAGCUUCAAGUUCAACGGAGCGUUGCAACCGAACAAGAUCGUUGGAUUCUAUUCGAGCAAGUACAAAGAUUCGCAGAACAGGACUAGAUAUAUAGCUACCUCGAAGUUCGAGCCGACUUAUGCCAGACAGGCAUUCCCGUGCUUCGACGAACCAGCGUUCAAAGCCGAGUUCACCGUCAAGCUUGUCCAUCCGACUGGAGACUGUUACAGCGCUCUGUCGAAUAUGAACGUUGAAAGUACCCAAGUGCAUCAGCCGUCCGUUGGUCUGACCACAGUGACGUUCGCGAACAGCGUGCCGAUGUCCACGUACUUGUCGUGUUUCAUAGUCAGCGACUUUGUUGCGGUGACCAGCAUGGCGAAGAAUUUGGACGGUAGUCAGUUCCCGGUUAGCGUGUACACCACGAGGGCGCAGAAGGAGAAGGGUGCCUUUCCCCUUGAUAUAGCGGUGAAGGUCAUCCAGUAUUAUAUUUCCCUCUUCAACAUCGGUUACCCACUACCGAAGCUUGAUAUGGCGGCUAUUCCUGACUUCGUGUCUGGUGCAAUGGAGAACUGGGGACUGGUUACCUACAGAGAGGCGAGGCUGUUAUUCGACAACAAGACCAGUUCUACCGCGAACACCUACGACAUUGUCAGCGUGAUCGCCCAUGAGCUCGCGCACAUGUGGUUCGGGAAUCUGGUUACUAUGUCCUGGUGGAAUGAUCUGUGGCUGAACGAGGGCUUUGCUUCCUUCAUGCAGUAUAAGAGCGCCGAUGAAGUACUUCCGCACUGGGGAUGGAUGGAUCUGUUCAUCACCGAACAAAUGCACACCGUGUUCGUGACAGACGCGAAACUCAGCUCCCAUCCGAUUGUUCAGACGGUCAACAAUCCUGACGAGAUCACCGCCAUAUUUGACGAGAUAUCGUACAAGAAGGGAUCGUCGUUGAUCCGAAUGAUGGAGCAUUUCAUCAAACCCGACGUAUUCUACUUCGGCAUCCGUACAUAUUUGAUCAAGUACACUUACGGGAACGCGGAGACCGCCGAUCUGUUUAAGAUCCUCGAGUCUGUCUCACCGGACAAGUUGAACGUGACCGCGAUCAUGGACACAUGGACCAGACAGAAGGGUUUCCCGGUGGUGAACGUAACUAAAACCGGCAACAAAUACGUGCUCACGCAGAAGCGAUUCUUGGCCGAUCCGGAGGCUCAAUUCGAUCCGUCUGAGUCUGAGUACCGUUACAAGUGGACCAUACCGAUUACAUACAUCACGAGUAGUACGUCCGAACCGAAUCUAGUGUGGUUCGACAAGGACGCCGAUCAAUUAACGAUCGAGCCGAGCGAACCGAUCAAGUGGAUCAAGUUCAACAGGAACGAGGUCGGCUAUUACCGCGUUAAUUACGAGCUAAGCGAAUGGUUGGUGCUGACCAAUAUCCUCGCAUCAUCUCCCGAGCAACUGUCGGCGUCCGAUAGAGCUCACCUCCUCGAGGACGCGUUCAGCUUGGCGGACGCCGGGGAACUCGACUACGAUGUCCCGAUGAACAUGACGGAAUUCCUUCGUUCGGAAUCCCAUGCCGUGCCCUGGCUCGUGGCCCAGUCGAAAUUGACCGCCAUCGAUAGCUUGUUGUUGUCGACCAGUCUGACAUCCAGAUUCAAGAAACACGUGCGACAACUGGUCGACAGCGCCUAUCAUAAAGUCACCUGGACCGUGGACAGCGUCGAGGAUAAGAUCACCCUGCGGCUCCGUACGUCGGUGCUAGGACUGGCCUGCUCCGUUGGUCACAGAGAGUGUCUCGACGACGCCGGGACGAUGUUCGACAGCUGGAUAGCAGACUACAAAGAUGUUCGUCCGCAUCCCGACAUCCGUGCGCUGACCUAUUAUUGGGGGAUGUAUGAUCGUGGCGAUGAGACCAAGUGGAACGUUCUGUUCGAUCGGUUCAUCGCCGAAACCGACUCAACGGAGAAACUGAAGCUGAUGAGAGGACUGGCCGGGAUACGUGACAGCUCGAUCCUGAACAAGUUCAUCGCGACGGCCACCGAUCAGAAUUACGUACGGUCCCAGGACUUCUUCGGUUGUCUGUCAGCGAUCUCCGGGAAUCCGGUCGGCACACCGCUGGUAUGGGACUGGGUCAGGUCCAAUUGGGACUUCUUGGUGAACAGGUACACGCUGAACGACAGGAAUCUCGGCGCGUUGAUCCCCACGAUCACCAAGACCUUCGCGACCGAUACGAAGCUGAACGAAAUCAAGGAAUUCUUCGCGAGGUACCCGGACGCGGGGGCAGGCGCGAUGAACCGCGCGAAAGCACUCGAAACUGUGUCGAACAACAUUAAAUGGCUGGCCAAGAAUAAGGAGAAAUUAGCCAGUUGGCUCCCUAAUUGAGAGAGUCGUUGCCAGGAUGUUCGUAAGUAUGAUGCAUCGAAAAGACCGUCGUUAUUCUUUCUCGACACCGUGGGGAUAAACGUGUAUGGCCCUAACAAUUCUAAAGACGAUGGAAGACACUUAUUGCAUGAAUACAAAAGUGCUUCUAAAUUGAUAUCGGGAAUUUUUUGAGUUACAGUAAUUCUGACUAGAAUAUUUCUACGGAUGGGUACUAAUGGCGUCCAUAUUCGGCACGCUUGAUGCAAAUCUGUAAUUGCUAACACUGUUUCGAUUACAAAUGAUACUAAAGUGUAUGCACAUUAGGACUUUUUUUUCAAUUCGACUAUUCCAAUUACUUCUAGAUUCUGAGACAUUCAUUUAUAAUCGUCUGAGGUUCAGAGAUUUUUAGGCAGCAAGAAUUGUUGCCUCUGGUGUUUGAGCGAUGAUUAGAAUACUGGAGGAGCAAAGUCGAGGAAAGAUUGACACGUGUUUUGUGGGAAGUUUAUGAUGCCAACGCUUGAUAGUAUGGGGGUCCAAGUGUCUUAAGAUCGUUAUAUUUGAAAAUGUACAUAACAUAAAGACUUUUUUUAACGUUGAGCUGUCCAUUCAAAGAAAUUUCACGCAAUCUAAACUUGAAAGAUUGGAAGGAGAAGUAUUUAGAAGGGAUCCAUUGUCCGAUUGCUCACUGUUCUAUUUCCAAUCGACAGAAAAACUGAUCAGGGUCUAUCGAAUGCAUUUAGAUUGUGAAUACUUUACCUCGUUUGUUUUGUAAGAAAUAUAUACAAUCGCGAUAUAUAUUAUUAGCUUGCACCGAAUACAUUUUUAGAAAACGUUUGUAUUUAUACGAGCUCUAUUUUCUGUUAAGAGAACUUUUGUAAUAUCAUCGAGAAAU